GUGCAAACUGUUUUUGCUUUUAUUCUGUAAGAAAUCUCUAAAACUUAAUGACAUUUCCUGCAGCUACAGAGAUGGUUGAAAUGAAAUAUAACAAGAUGCUUUUUCAACUACAUUUCUCACCAUCUCUUUUCUCAUUUUUACGAAACUGUUUUCUUGUGAUUUGUACAUCAACGUCAACGAUCUGUGAGACAACCAGAAACUGAAGAGUAAACCCGCCUAAAAUCCACCAGAACUUCACACGUUUUCUUCUUCACUUGAGCCUCAAGGGUCACACAGCCAAAUAAGCUUUUUCACCUCUAAAAACCGUUGAACAGCCUUCCCACAGCGGCAUACAGGGCAAAGGCACAGCUGUCAGCGUUAGAGUGUGAAAGGAAGCCACCGAGUUUCCCUCUGCUGGGCAACUUCUGCCUCCCACUCCCAGUACUCGAAGAGCGGAGACUACAAUUCCCAGAAAGCGUAGCGGGAGCCGAGUUACGCAUGCGCAUCCUACAUUCUGCGAAAGAGGCAGGGGCGGGGCUUCUGAGAAAGGAAAAUGGCAACACGCCGGUUGUGGCCUGGGGUGGGCCGGCUGUUUACUAUAGGGACUAUGCUGGGGCGAGGAAGACGAGCUUACAGCGCGUCCCUGGCCUUUGCAGAGGUUCUACGGCUGCCAAGCAAUCAACGCACGAAGCUCGUGUUCCCGCUGCAAGAACUCCAACGGUUUCUCGUCCCGGGCUCGAACCCAGACCUUCACCUGAAGAUCUUCGACCCAACUCUGGACGACAUCGCGAGGGCUGAGAGCAUCUUCACGGCAUCCGCCCGGAACCGCAUCGAUUACGUCAGCUCCGCUGUGCGUCUCGACCACGCCCCGGACCUCCGCUGCCCUGAGGUGUGUUUUAUAGGUAGAAGCAAUGUUGGAAAAUCGUCUCUAAUAAAGGCUUUAUUUUCAUUUGCUCCAGAGGUUGAGGUUAGAGUCUCCAAAAAACCGGGGCACACCAAGAAGAUGAAUUUUUUCAAAGUUGGAAGAUAUUUUACACUGGUGGAUAUGCCAGGUUAUGGCUAUAGAGCACCUGAAGAUUUUGUCGACAUGGUAGAAGACUAUCUAAAAGAACGGAGGAAUUUGAUGAGAACAUUUUUGUUAGUGGAUAGUGUUGUUGGAAUUCAAAAAACAGACAAUAUUGCCAUAGAGAUGUGUGAAGAAUUUGCAUUACCUUAUGUGAUGGUAUUAACAAAAAUUGAUAAAUCUUCCAAGGGACGUCUUUUAAAACAAGUGCUUCAGAUCCAGAAAUUUGUUGACACUGAAACACAAGGGUGUUUUCCUCAGUUGUUUCCUGUAAGUGCUGUUACCUUUUCUGGAAUCCAUCUAUUGAGAUGCUUUAUAGCAGAUAUAACAGGAAAUCUUAAGACUAGUGGCUUCCAGUUUAGCUGAAGAUUCAAAAUUCUCUAUUUCAACUGAAGUUAAAUACCUAGAAUUUCAACAUUGUUUUAAAUGUUGUGUUUCUGUAACUUACAGAAGGAUCACUUCAGCUUUAAAACCUGCAUCUUCCCAAAGCAAGAAUGAAUUUGUGCCUGGUGGGGGAAAGGUUUAAAAAUGAUUGAAUUAUACCGUCCAUUAGAAUAGAUACAAGAUUUUUCUGUUUUAACAAACUGACAAGAACAUAUAGAAGAAGUCCAUAAAAUGAAAACCUGUUUGUUUCCUACUGUGUAGACAACGGUUUGCUAUAUUAUUUAUUGGGUUUUUGUCUUUUAAAGAAAAUAUCUAUUACUUAUAUUUUUUAAAAUAUUACAAUGGACUAGGUUAAAAAAAAGGGGCUACUUUUCUAUUGAGCACUGGUAGUUUGAAGAUAAAUUCUCAUAUAUGUAUGGCUAUAAUUUAUCUUUUUUCAGCGUCCUUAUUUGAAUGUAAAAGAAACUAUUCUUGGGAUAAAAUUUCAGUGGAAGCACCAGUCAUUUGAGGCUGGGAUCAGUUACCUUAAGGUGACCACAGGGUUUGGAAUCAGAAGAUGAAGGUUCAAGUUCCAGUUGUAAUAUUUAUUAUAUGUUGGACGUUGGACAAAUUGAAUUCUCUGAACUUCUUUUGUUACCUCUUACUUCAGAGGCUAUGAAGAUUAAAAUGUGAAAAGGACAUUUGCAUAUUCUGCAUAUUUGUAAAGUGAAACCAACCCAAAUACCUAGCGAAAUUCACAGGUAGAUUUAUCACAGAAAACAUUCUGUCAUGGAGGAAGUAACAUUUUAUCUAAUGAAAGGCCAGAAAAGAAGAAAAAUAGCUUUAGGUGAGAAAACUGAUUUGCAAAAAACAAUACCAUCGGAUAAAAAAUUAAGGCUGUUAAACAACUUUGCGGCUUUUUUAGAAAAUUCAAUUCUGAAUAUAUUUUCAGUUUUAUAGUUGAUAGUGCUAGUCUCUUCUAACCAGCAGUGUUUUAAGCUUAAAAAAAAAAAAUCUUUUUUAUAUAGGCAUUUGCAAGAUAAAAUACAUAGUAGCAACAAAAUUAUCUUAAAAGUCAUCUUUCUACCCGCCAGUGUUACUUUACUGCUUUUCUUAGCCUUGGUUCUGAUUCCCCAAAAGCAGGACCCGAGACAAAAGCUUAUGUGUAGUAGUUUAUUGAGGAUGUGAUCUCAGGGAACAGGAGUGAUGGAGAAAUGAAACAUGUGGGAGGAAAGACAAUCAAAGAUGCAUUGAGUUGGACACCAUGUAGGCACUAGGGCUUGAAUUUGAGGGACAUGAGGGAGCCUUAUGAAGUGUGCCUCUGAAUUGUCUUUGAAGGGGGGGUUAGAGGGUGGGCCCACACCUCUUCUACACUAUACAUGCCCAAAUACCAAGCAGUUCAUAUAGCUUCUCAGAAGCCAGGAGGCAGGGAGAAGCCUUCAGAACAGAGGCAAGGUGGAUUGCCCAGUCCAACUUGAAACUGGUUGCCAUAGUAAUGGCUGAAGUACGAAGACCAAAGAGGAUCUGAAGUGAUACAUGGGAGGUCUCUCACACUGCACUUAUAAAUGACCUUACUGUUCUAAUGCCACCAGAAGUCAUUAAAUCGGUGUUCACUAUGACGAUGCUAACAGUAGUUUCUAGUCUAAUUUACUGGCUAAGUUACGGGUUUGUAUAUAUAAGAUUUCACUUUUAAAACACUUGAAUUUGUUUGGAAAAAAUAACAUAGAAUACUAUAUUCCUUACCUAUAAAUUGUCACUUCAUUAGCAUAUGAAGCUCUUUACUAUUUUUUCCCAGAAUUGUAAGGAGCAGGAGGUGAGAAAAUGAAGAAAUAUUCUCAAAAGAACAACUGAUGAAGCAGAAAAAUAUGCUAGGCUUAUAGUCCAAUCCAGUUUUACCUCCUUAGACAAUUCACUGAGCUACUGUUUUUUCCAUGAGGGAUAAUCUCUAGUCUAUUCCCGCUGUAAAAGUUUAUGAUUAUUGGACAGUAAUGCUACUUCAGAUGAAGGAACCUAAGCCAGGGAAACUUGCUGGCUUAGUGGAGUUAUGUGCAAAUAAAAGCAGAAGCAAGACUGGACCUUAAAUCUUUAAAGUUAAUGACUGUUUCUAGACUUAUGAAUGAAAUUUCCUUGGUUAUUUUCCAUGUUUUAAGGCACUAAGUAGUUCUACCACUUGGUAGGAAAGCAGGAGAAAUAUAAACAACAAAAAGUGACUAGAGAUUAAGAACUCAAUUAAAUCAGGAUAUUUAGCAAGGAUUCAGGGCAGAAGAAAGCUAAACCAGAGCUUAUCUAACUCUGCAUUUUGGGGUACUUUGUAUGAAAAUCACCUGGACCCCUUAUUAAAAAUGCAGACUUCUGUCCCUGUACCCUAGCCAUGUUUAUCAGUCUCUUUGGAAAGGACUCAAUCUGCAUUUUUAAACAACCCAAGUGAUUCUCAAAAUAGCAUACAAUUUGAGAACCACUGGUACAAUAGGUAAGUGAGAAAACCUACAGAAAGCAGACAAGGAAAUGGCCAGAUAAAGAAAAGGAAACUUUAAAAUGAUGGGUCCUUGCUAUUCCCAACCCCCACUCCCCAUUUACUGAAGGCACAGAGUAGGUUUUUUAAACCUAAUUCUUCACGUCUUAAGUCAAAAUUUGACUAUUUAAUAGUCAAAUAUUAAAUAACACAAAGCUAUGAUAAAUGUUUAUUGAACUGAAAUGAACUGCUGUACAAUGUUGCACCAACACAGCUCCUCUGAGUCCAAAUGGUACUUUCCAGAUCUUUCCAGACCUCAGCUAUUCUACUUACAACAGCAGAACACUGGAUCAGCUGGUUAAUCACUUAAGAGUCAUAUAAAAGCAUCUAAACACCCAUUAAAGCAAAAAUAUCAUCAAUGUCAUCUGUCUGAAUGGUUCCUAAUGUAUUAUGUUUAUUUGUUUGCAUCAUUGUCCUUUCAUUUUCAUUGCUUCCUCUAAGAUUUUCAUGAGUUUGUUCCUCCUUGGUUUGUAUGAAAGGAUUUGAAACUCCUGUACUCAGGAGUUGCUGCUUGUUAGGGUAGAGAUCAGUUCUAUGAACUGCAGGGUGUGAGAGUCUUCCUUUAAAGAUGUCUGUAGCACUCUGGGUCCCUUUAGGGGACUGCUGGAUUUCCUUUGAAAGAAUUGACUGUAACUUUCUCUGUGGUUUCCUUUGUCUCAGUGAAAAUUUAUUCUGUGAUCUUCUUUGUCUCAGACGAUGCUUUGAAGUUUUGAUACCUGAGCCAUGAAGAAGGCAGUUGCAAAUAGAGGUUUUUAUGCACUCUAGUUUCUUUGGCAAACUUUAAAGGAUAAAGAGAGGAAAAAAAAUGGAGAUUGUUAAGAUACAGGAAAACAUUCUCAAAACUUGUUUUCUUUUUAUCAACUUCCAACUGAAAAAAGACAAUUUAUAAGUCCUACGCCUGUGUACAACUCCAGAAUCAUAAGGAAAAAUAAGGAAAUUAGAGCUUCCAUCCAAACCUGUUUUCAGAAUACAACAUCCCCCUGAUUUGGACUGUAGGCAAAUGUGUCCCCAUUAUGUUUCCAAAGUAGCUGUUACAACUAGCAAGGGGGCUGAAUGGUGAAAUAUCUCUGUGUGUAUUUUAAUGCCAAAGCUUUCCCUCAAUAAUUGCUCAUCUGUUCAUAAUAUAAUAGGAGGUGAACCGGGGAAACGAUGUAUCACAGGCAGAAAAUUUGCCAGGAUGCAUCAACCUCAUUUCUUGAUUAACACCGCUGUGUAUUAUGGCAGGAAAUGAACAAGGAAAAAAGGAGUAAAAGUGAAGAGGGAGUUUUCCAUAAAUUUUUUAAGAAAAUUUAAUAAGUUUUAGACUGUGACUCAUCCAUUGAAACCAUUAUAAAGUCCUGAACAGAUAAAUGUGUACAGCUAAGAAAUUAUGGUGGAUGCACAGAAUAUUUCUUAAAGGAUACAUAAACACUGGUCAGAGUGAUUGCCUCUGUGAAGGGGGAAUAAGAAUCUUUAUGUCUGAAAGUGUUACCAUGGGCAUCUAUUUUUUCCAAUAAAAACAUAAAACUCUGGUAUCUAACUUCAUGUACUGUUUUAAGCAGUACUGGCUCACAGUCAAAGAUAACCAUCUUUAAGCAGUUCUUUGAAUGUAAGAGUCACAGGAAAAGGAAGAAAUCAUUACAUGGAGAGUUGAGCUCCUAUAAAUGGAAAUUUUCUGGCCCCAGAGUCUUCUGUGUGCUUUUGUAGGAAGCACCUUCUGCUCUCCCACCCUCAUUGCACUGAAGCUGUAGGCAGACUAGCUUUCUCUCCCACUACAGAUAGUUCUAUCCAACAUAAGCAGCAAACAAAAUUGCAAUUUGAGUCUAUUCCAAUUUUAGCCCCCAGGCUACUGGACAUCCCGUUUUAAAGAAGGCUAACUUGAAUACGUACAUAUAUACUUUUGCCCCAAAUGAAAACAGAAAAAGUAAAGGAAUAUACUUUUGUAAUAUACCUACCUGUAGCCUUGAGCUUCCAAAUGUUUAAGCCGGUUACUUUUAAGAAGUUUAUUACCCAGAAAGGCAGUCUGGGCCUUGAGUUUUUUGCUCCUACACCACAGAAUUGCCGUUUGGAUUUCUUCAGAAAGUUGUCUGAAAGUGUCAGCCUCUCGGAAUCUUUGCACAAAACUUUUUAUGCAAGUUCCUAUUGCUUUCUGAGAAGAAUGUUUGGUUGCCAUUAGUUUGGCUUGAGAACAUUUAAAUGCAACACUGGUCUCCUAAAAUAUGGAAAGAUGAGAAAAAUAUAUUGAUUUGUUACUGACUCAGAAAUACAUGGCAGCUGAGAAAGUUGACUCACAGACUAUUAAAAUUUGAAAAUGUCUUUUUAAAAGAAGAAAAUUUUGAGACACAGCUUUACCUUAAAUUUACUUGGUUUCAGAGUCAAGUAACUGGAACCAGCUCUCCUAGGAACAGGUGGAUGGACUGCAGAAGUUUCAAAGGUCACAGAGAGCCACAGUUCCUAAGAGAGCUGACAAAACUAUUUUGGGGACUGGUAUAUUGAUAAAGGACAAAGACUAUGUAACUAAACUGCCUGAGUUCAAAUCCCAACUCUGCUGCAUAUUUGCUGUGUGGCCUGAAGAAAUUUCUUAUCUUUUUUGUGCCUCAAUUUUCUCAUCUGAAAUAUGAAAACAAUAAUAAUAGCACUUUCCUUACAGGGCUCUUGCAAGGAUUAUAUGAGUUGACAAAUAUAAAGUGCUUUGAACAAUUCCUGGCAAAGAGUAAAUGCAAUAUAAGUAUAAUGAUGAGAAUGAUGUCAUCUCCCUCUGGAACUCGUGAAUGGACAAAACAUAAAUGCAAGCUGGAAUCCUUGUAAACCUUUAAGAAAGUACUCUGACCCAUUAGAAAUGAUUAAAAAUUCGGGGUUCCCUUCGUGGCUCAGUGGUUAACAAACCCAACUAGGAUCCAUGAGGAUGUGAGUUCGAUCCCUGGCCUGGCUCAGUGGGUUAAGGAUCUGGCAUUGCUGUGAGCUGUGGUAUAGGUCACAGAAAAGAGGGUGACACUGAUGUACUUAUCUGUGUUAAAUCCAGAACAAGCAGAAUUACAGACAGUGGCCAAGGAGAGGAAUUGUGUUAAUGCUCAAAAUGCUGACAUGUAGAAAGAAAUAGAAGCCUCAUGAAAAGGAUGAGGAUGAUGAAAGUAGCUUAUAGCAUCUAACACCAGUUAAGUGCUGACCACAAUCCAGACUCUGUGCUGAACACUUUAUGCGCACUAAACCAGGCACAGCCCUAUGGGGUACAUACCCUUAAUAGAAAGUAGAUGUAUGGACAAGUCAAGAAACUCAUGUAAGGUCCCACAGCUAGGACAAACCAAAGCCAAGACUCAAACCAUUUCUGUCUGACUACAAAGCCCUUAGUCUUAAGCUGAAAUACAAUCCACUCCUAUGAUGGAUCCUAGGAUCAUUUUAAAAUUCUAGCAAACCCUUAAUGUUUCUGAAGCUAUUCUAUUAACUGAAUUAAUUAUAUGCACUUGAAUCCCUUGGGAGUGCCCCUAUUCAUUCAGAAGCACAGACUGAGACCUAAAAUGGUACUAUGCUUAGGCUGGGGAUAACAACAGAGGUAAGAUUCGGUCUCUGCCUUUGGUAAGUGGUCUACUCUACAAAUUAUCAGAAAUCAUAAGCUAUAUUAAAAUGAGCCAGACAAACCUGCAUAGCUUUGUGUUUCAGCUGUUUGCAGAAAGCCCUCACAUCAAAUUCUGAUGACUUUUCUGUGGAAGGAGCAGACGCAAAAACUUAGGCAUGCUAUUUUCAAAUAGUACAGAUACUAUUUUCAAAUCAACAAAUUCCUAAGUGCAUGACAACAUUCCUUGUCAAAUUACUACAAAAAAAAAACAAAGGGAAUUAAGCAAGCAAAGAACUAUGAA